AUGCCCGUGGAACUCGUCAUCGGUGUCGUCGGGCUCGCCAUCCAGGCCAUCGACACGUCGCAGAGAGUCAAGUCUGUGAUCAAAGACUACCACUCCGCACCACGAGAAAUCCAGCGACUCGAAACGAAGCUCGAGUUUGUCGAAGGCCAAUGCGCUCGCAUCAAAGACAUCUUCCGGAAUGAGAACGUCGACCAAUGUCAACGUCUCAUCAGCGAGGCCAUGAGCGAGAAGCUACUGCGCGACAUUGAUGGUACCAUCAAAAAGCUCGAACAAAUUCUCACUGAAUUGCAGAAGAGGGCUCCAAAGAAGGGACUGAUCGGCGGGCCAGGAACGCUUUUCGUCAAGCAGAAGGAUUCCAUUCAGAAGCUGGUCGCCGAGCUGGAUAGUGACCUCGCCAUGCUUGACCGAGCACUGACGCCUGAUAUUUAG